AUGCUGCAAAUCCAGCAGCAGCCGCAGCCGCAAGCUCGGGUUUGGAACUCUGGUGGGCCAGUAACAAACAUGAAGGCCACCAGUGGCCAACAAUGGCUCACAGGUCUGCCGCCGCAAUUUAUAUCCCCCACAAAACAACGGUUUGUCUCGCAGCAUCUUCACUCGCAACUGAACCAACGCCUCUUGCACCAACGCCUUUUCGAGACACAGCUCGCCAUGAACAGCCCUGAUUGGAGCGUAUGUCCGUCGUCACCGCUUUCCCGUUGCGCUGAUCCCAACGGCAUCCAGGAGAUUUUCAAGUUCGAAGAUGAGCAUCCAUUGGAGGAUGCCGGUGGGCUUACCGCUCCUGAUAACAAUGGUCUGCUUCCGCCGGGAGGGCAGCAAAACACUUGGACCGAUUUACCAUCUCAGAUGCCAUCGCAGCUCUCUGAUCAGACUUCGAGCUCGCUGCAGUCGAGCGACGGCACGCACAAUAUCGCAGGUGCCUGGCCACUCCCUCUGACCGAGCACAGCUCCGUAGAUACUUUUCAGUCAUCGACCACUUCAUCGCCUGGGCCUGGCCAUAUCAAGCAAGACUCAUGCCCAGGGGCCAACAUACCCUCCACAAUGUCAUCAUCCUACUCCUCAGCUGGAGCAACGCUCUUUGGUGGCCAAACACGUGAUAUCACUCCUUGCAGCAAGGCUUGGAUGGACUCGUCGUUGGCCGCGCAACGAAGCUUCGAUGGCUCUUCCUGGGGGACACUGAACCAGAUGGAUCAGUAUCCGAAUAUCCCAGCGCAGUCGUACGUCUCCUCACAGCCUGAUUUCUCGACGAGAUGGCACGGUCUUCCGUUUCUGGUCUCAGCAACAGAUCAAUCAGCUACAUCCGCCUUAGAGCCGCAACUAUCCAAACAGACGCAAGCUAAGAGAGCCUCGUUCCAAGGCGGCCCAUGGGACGAGGCCGAUCCAGCAUGGCCUGAAUGGGCGACACUUGACCUCAGCUGCUCGAGCGACAGCGACAUGUCGUCCUUGGUCUCGCCCAGGAGCCAGUGCGGCGCGCAAGCCCAGUUCUGUGUCUGGGACGUCAACGCCAACAGCGCGAACUCCUGCGGCGUCAUUUCCACGCCGGGCCUGACCCACGCGCAAAGCUCGCCCGCCGGCGACUCGGCCGAGCUGUCACGCAGCCUCCAUCCGGGAGAGCAGCAGACGCAGCAGACGCCCACCAACGACCCGAGCAGUGCGACCUACUCGCAACGCAUCCUGCGUCCCCGCGCGCAGAGCAAGGCCGACCAACACCUCGUCGCCUUUUCGCCUGCAGCAACGACGAGCGGCCACCACGCGGAGUGGCCGACGCCGGCGUCUCCGCAGCGCAGGGACGACAGCGACGGGUACAGCCGGGCCACGGCCAAGAGGGCGCGGCAGGACGAUCUGCUGGUGCAGUGGAAGAAGGCAGGCAUGUCGUAUCGGCAGAUCAGGGAGAAAGGCGGGUUCAGCGAGGCCGAGUCGACGCUCAGGGGCCGCUACCGGACGCUGACCAAGAGACGGGAAGAGCGGGUGCGCAGGCCGCUGUGGACGCAGAUGGACAUUCGGCUGCUCCGAGAGGGCACGCACAUGCUCGUGGCGGCGGCGCUGUACCCGGGGAUGGACGUGGAGGAGGUCGAGGUCGACGAGGCGGACGUGGACGCAAACAAGGUGCCAUGGAAGAAGGUGGCAGACUACAUCUGGCAGAACGGCGGGUCGUACCACUUUGGCAACGCGACGUGCAAGAAGCGCUGGCUGAAGAUCCAGGGGAUGCUGUGA